GAAAUGCGCAUGCGCUUUUAUGCUUUCUCAACACACGUGUAGCAUGGACUCCACACGACAUGAAUUAGAUCUCGAUCGGUCUCAGGUAAAGAAAGCUGUACAGGCAUUACGGGCAUAUAUAAAGAGCAGCUCCACAUCCCAAAAGCUCUUCGAGAAUGAUGGUCAGACCAUCUCUCUACUGUUAACUCAAUGGAAAAUCCCUAAAAAGGAGCAAACCAUUCGCAUUCCUUUACCUCAUGGGCUGAGGACAGAAUCAGGAGAUGUGUGUCUCUUCACCAGAGAUGAACCCAAAAUGACCUCCGAACAGGCAGUGAGAUUCUACAAGAAGUUACUCAGAGAGAGAGGGUUCAAAAAUACCAUAGAGGUGAUUCCUUUCAAGAUGUUGAAAACUGAGUAUAAGCCAUUUGAAGGCAAAAGGAAACUGCUGGGCAACUUUGAUUUGUUUCUGUCAGACGCACGCAUCCGCCGCAGGUUACCCUCCCACAUUGGGAAGCAUUUCUAUGAAAGGAAGAAGGCUCCUCUGUCGGUGGAUCUGGAGAGUAAACAUCUAGCCAGAGACAUGGAGCGCCUCAUUCAGGGCACCACACUCACUGUCUCAAAUAAAGGCUCUUGUUGGUAUGAACCUUAUUUUUUUUGUUGUACAGUAGGUAGAAGCACUACAGCAAACCAAUUCCUGCUCCAUCACAGCUGGAAGUGGGUUAAAACAGUGCGAUAGUAACUCAUAGUGUAUCCAGACAGGUCUC